GACAGCAGACGGGCAGGCGCGCAAAGCACGAAGUUAUCAAACUCCUAACUUGAAUAGUGCGAGGCAAGACACCACUUGAAGCACUUAGUUUAAUGUGUGUUCAUUGUGAACGGGAUCUAAAGGGAUCUAAUAUUCUGACUGAACCAAAUAUCUGGAACUAUAGGCUUGGAUCAAAUACGGCCGCUGCGAUGAACGUGUCUGCCGGGUCGGGCGUGUUCCUCCUGUCCCUGAUGUCCAUCCCCAUCUCCUUCCUCUUUAACUCACUCAUGUGCAACAGCAGGUAAGCAUUGAAGCUGUCUUCUUUGCUGGAUGCACGACAGUGCUCAUCCUGACCAUUUCGGCGCGGUUUCUGCUGAAGAGGAAGACCCCCGCAGACCCCCUCUUCUAUGUGUACGCGGUGCACGCCUUCCUGAGUGUGGUGAACCUGAUCAUCGGGCUGGAGCAGGACAACAUCAUCGACGGCUUCAUGACCUUCUACCUCAAGGAGGCUGAACCUCACAUCAACACGGCCUACGGUCACAUGAUCUCCUACUGGGACGGCUGCGUGCACUACCUCAUGUACCUGCUGAUGGUGGCGGCUAUCACCUGGGGGUACUGUCCGUCUGUCUGUCUGUCUGUCUGUCUGUCUGUCUGUCUGUCUGUGUCUGUCCGUCCGUCCGUCCGUCCGUCCGUCCGCCUGUCUGUCUGCCUGUCUGUCUGUCUCUACCUCAUGUACCUGCUGAUGGUGGCGGCUAUCACCUGGGGGUACUGUCUGUCUGUCUGUCUGUCUGUCUGUCUGUCUGUCUGUCUCUCUGUCUGUCUGUCUGUCUCUACCUCAUGUACCUGCUCAUGGUGGUUUACAGAGUGUUGUGUCCCCAGGGGCAGCUACCGGGCGAUCGGUCUGUACUGGGUGGGCUCCUUCCUCAUGAGGGUCAUGGUCUACAUACUGGGGAACGCUGUGGGGAAGUAUGGGACCCAGGUGGGUCCUCUGUUCCUCCUGCACAUCUCGUACGUCUUGGUGUCUGUCUGGGCCUGCUUCAGGGUCUUCAGCCAGCCCCCCACGCUGGAGAUCACAGGCCAAAGCAUCCCGCUGAAGCGGAGCAAGAAUGUCCUCAGGAGACCUCUAGACGUUCUGUUCAUCAUCUACCUCGUCCUUGCAACGGCUUUCUGCAUCUUCAGAGGCCUGGUUGUGCUGGACUGUCCCUGGGAAUGGUGUCUAGAGUACGCUCAGAAAUACGAGCCCUACCUGAAAGACCCUUCAGCCUACCCUAAAAUACAGAUGCUGGUGGGCAUGUUGUACUCAGGGCCGUACUACAUCAUGGCUCUCUAUGGGCUCGUGGUCCCUGGAUGUGAGUGGAUGCCAGACCUCACCCUUGUCCACUCGGGGGCUCUCGCACAAGCUCAGUUCUCUCACAUCGGCGCGUCCCUCCACACGCGGACCCCGUUCUCGUACCGCGUCCCUGCAGCCGGACAGCUGCUGUUCCUGCUGGUCAACCUGCUGUACGGCCUGCUGCCCCAGGCCCUUUGCUACCGCUGCGCCACACGCCCGGAGCUCUUCCUCCGCCCCAGCCCGGAACGGAAGACACAGUGAAGGAGCAAGAUGUGUGUGUGUGUGUGUGUGUGUGUGUGUGUGUGUGUGUGUGUGUGUGUGUGUGUGUGUGUGUGUGUGUGUGUGUGUGUGUGUGUGUGUGUGUGUGUGUGUGUGUGUGUGUGUGUGUGUUUGUGUGUGUGUGUGUUGGGGUGUGUGUGUGUGUGUGUGUGUGUGUGUGUGUGUGUGUGUAUGGUUAAAUAUAAUUGCACCAAAGUGUAUUAUUAGUGUGAAUAAUAAUUUAAUAAAUGCAACCAUUCAAUAAAAAACAUCCCACAGUA